UUUAGUAGAGCUUCAUGGUGCAAGUCUAUGAACCACGUGAUAACAACAAUGAUCACGAGUUCAUGCGGGGAGUUCAUUUUCAGUUGCAGCUAGUUUUUCGUUUUUAGAUCAGUUCUGGUUUCGCCGCAUGGUUUACUUCAUGUUGUAGAGAUAAUGAGUGUCGCGAUGAAAGUGCAUGUUCGUUUAUUCUUCACAUUUGUCUGUCUUAUUUGGCUAUGUCAUCGUGUUUCAACACAAAAUUCUAUCGACAGUGGAAAGCCUCCAAACAUCGUGUUCAUUUUAACCGAUGACCAAGAUUCGAUGCUAGGGGGAGUGUUUGCAACCACACCAAUUUGCUGUCCCAGCCGAGGUAGCAUUCUGACUGGGAACUAUGCACACAACACCCACAUUGUGAACAACUCCCUAUCAGGCAACUGUAGCAGCAAGGCCUGGCAAAGUGGUCCGGAAAAACAUAGCUUUGCCACUUAUCUAAAAGAGCAGGGGUACAAAACGUUCUUUGCUGGAAAAUACCUCAACCAGUAUGGAAAGUCAGAGGCAGGCGGUGUGGAACACGUACCACCAGGUUGGGAUGAGUGGCAUGGCCUGGUGGGAAACUCCGUAUACUACAAUUAUGUUCUCUCGGCAAAUGGCAAGAAAGAGAGUCAUGGAGACAACUAUGAGAAAGACUACUUAACUGAUGUCAUUCAUAAGAAAGCUGUUAAGUAUCUACGCGAGAAGGUCAGGCCACAUGGAAAUCCAUUCUUCAUGAUGCUGUCCACGCCAGCUUGUCACCAGCCCUUCACGCCUGCACCGCAGUAUGCAAAGAACUUUAGCAACCUGCAAGCACCACGCAAUGGCAGUUUCGACAAGCCAGGUGGCAAGGGUAAACACUGGUUGCUGCGACAGCCUCCAAACCCAAUGGAUAAUACUACAUUGGCUCUUAUAGAUGACUUCUUUAGAAACAGGUGGCGAACCCUGCUUUCAGUUGAUGACAUGGUGGAGGAUGUUAUCAAUGUGUUAGAAAAGCUGGCUCUUCUUGAAAAUACAUAUGUUUUCUUCACCUCGGAUCAUGGCUAUCAUCUAGGGCAAUUUUCUCUACCGUUUGACAAACGACAGCUCUAUGACUUUGACAUCCGUGUGCCUAUGAUGGUCAGAGGACCUGGAAUUAAACCAGCGUCCCAUUCUGAUGAAUUGGUGUUGACAAUUGACCUUGCUCCAACCUUUGUUGAUAUCGCUGGAGGAGGUGCACCUUCAGAAAUGGAUGGAAUGUCGUUAACCACAUUGUUGGUUCCAAGCAAGAAGGUCACCCUUCCACACUGGAGGGGCGAAUUUCUGGUGGAAUAUGAUGGUGAAUAUCAGACAGGGCCGAUCCCAGGCUGCCCACAGUAUAUAGAUGGCGGAGUGUCACAUUGCAAGUUUGAAUGCAUCUGCAAUGAUGCAAUGAACAACACAUACAGCUGUGCCAGGUACAAGGACAUGGACCAUCAUCUCAUGUACUGCCUGUUUCAUGACAGUCAGAAUUUUGUCGAAGUUUACGACCUUGCAGCUGAUCCUGACCAGCUGAACAAUAUCGUGGCAACUAUAGACAAGAAGCUUCUGGCAAUGUUAAAUGAUAGACUUAUCCAGCUUUUGAUCUGUGCUGGCCCAUCCUGUAAAAUCGUGCAUCCACAAUAUAAUCAUAGGAUGUUCAAUGUUCAAGAAGCACCUGGGUUUUCACUUGGUGAUCACCUUUAAUCCGGGAAUUUUCUGUUGACUGAUGUAUAAUACACACACACAUAUAUAUCUUUCUUUCUGGCUAUAUAUAUAUUAUCAAGAGCUAAUAAUACCCAUUAUUUUAGGUAUUAUUAGCUCUUGAUAUUAUCUCGCAAGAUAUAAUAUGUUGGUCUGAAGUAUGUGUCACAAUUGUCAAUGUCGAUAUGUGACAUAAAUCUGAAAUGUUUCUUUCAACAAUUCAUCUAUAUACUAUUUAGAACUAAUAUUAUUAAUAUUAUAUCAGCUAUUGUGUUCAACUAGCAAGUAGUGUAGGAGGGAAAUCAAGUAAGUCAUCUGCAAGUUGAAAUGGAGAAAACGGGUCAAACCUCAGGCCAACGUGCCAGGUGGUGUUUAGAGGACGAAUUUCUAAUUUCAAAUUUGAAUUGUAUUCAUAGGAACCUUUGUGCACUCGUGGAAUUGUGGGGUAAAUUGUGUGUCGACUAUCACUCGGUGUGCGUCUAAUUAUUGUGCACUUGGACCUAAUGAAUGCGUGGUAGAGUCAAAGGAUUUGUUAUGCAAAGCUGUGAUAUGUGUGAGGUCUAUAGUGUGAAUUUACUGUUACAGUUGGAACAGUGUAAUUACACCCUAAUUAAAUUGUAUGAUUUUUGAUCAAAAUGUAUUCGUUAUUACAUUAGAAACUCGACAUAUGGAUCAUGCAACAAGUUUAGUAAAAAGCCACGUUGCAAACAGAGAAUAGUUUUGUUUAGAGAUGAGCUCUUGCAGAGAAGCAAUUCCGGGUGCAAAAACAUACGGAUUGUUAAUGUUGAAAGGUAACUCGAAGUUAUGUUUUGCAGACAAAAAAUUGCUGCUCUGAUUAUUGAUUGAACCACUUUAGUUACAAAAAUGUGUAUACCAAUAAAAGAGCUUGCGAUGUAAUUGCAAA